GGAUUUGGGGGGUGAAAAGGGGGGAAAACACCCCAAAAAUGGCAGGAUCGGGCCCGCAGGGGCUCGGCCCCAUCCCCGCCAGCGGCCGCGUGUCCCCGGCAACACCCCCAGAUGGUGACGAGGAUCUGCUGCGGGGCCUCGAGGGGGCCCUGGGGGUGAAGAAGAAGAAAAGGGGCCCCCGGAAACAGAAGGAAAACAAACCCGGAAAACCCCGGAAACGGAAAAAACUGGUGAGCGAGGAUGAGCUGGAGUCGGAGAGGGACGAGUACCCCCGGGAGGAGUACCGGGAGAAGUCGGAGAGCGGCGGCAGCGACUCGGGCGGCGCGGCGCGGAAGCGGCGGCGGAAGCACCGCGAGAAGAAGGAGAAGAAAACCAAGAGGCGGAAAAAGGCCGAUGAUGAGGGGGGGCAGAAGGUCAAGGCGGUGGAGCAGAAAUCCUCGGCGCAGCUCUUGGGGGCCUGGGGGCUGGAGGACGUGGACCACGUGUUCACCGAGGAGGAUUAUCACACCCUCACCAACUACAAGGCCUUCAGCCAGUUCAUGAGAGGCCCCGGGCACAAGAAGCGCAGCAAGAGCCCGCGGGUGCCCGAGCUGAAGAGGAAGAUGAAGGGCAGGAAGAUGGCCCCGCUCAAAAUCAAACUGGGAGUACUGGGAGGCAAACGCAAGAAGAGCAGCUCGAGCGAGGACGCGGGCGAGGCCGAGGAGGAGUCUGACGCCGAGAGCCCCGGGGUGCUGGGGGCCGCCCCCCGCCCCGACCCCACCACGCGCCUCAAGAAGCUCAAGCGGGGCCGCCCCGGGCGCAAGAAGAAGAAGGUGACAGGGUGCCCUGCCACCGUCCCCGCAGGGCCUGGCCCCGAGGAGGAGGGCGAUGGCUACGAGACCGACCACCAGGACUACUGCGAGGUGUGCCAGCAGGGCGGGGAGAUCAUCCUGUGCGACACCUGCCCCCGCGCCUACCACCUCCCCGCUAGCGAGGACGCGGGCGAGGCCGAGGAGGAGUCUGACGCCGAGAGCCCCGGGGUGCUGGGGGCCGCCCCCCGCCCCGACCCCACCACGCGCCUCAAGAAGCUCAAGCGGGGCCGCCCCGGGCGCAAGAAGAAGAAGGCCCCCGGCGCCGGGCCGGGCCGGGAGCGCGGCCCCGAGAAGGAGGGCGUGCAGUGGGAGGCCAAGGAGGAGGAGGAGGAGGAGGAAGAGGAGGAGGAGGAGGGCGAGAAGGAGGAGGAAGAUGACCACAUGGAGUACUGCCGCGUGUGCAAGGACGGCGGCGAGCUGCUGUGCUGCGACGCCUGCGUGUCCUCGUACCACAUCCACUGCCUGAACCCGCCCCUGCCCGAGGUCCCCAACGGAGAGUGGCUCUGUCCCCGCUCAUGGGUGGGGCUGUCCUACUGGCACUGCUCCUGGAUCAAGGAGCUGCAGCUGGAGAUCUUCCACCUGGUGAUGUACCGGAACUACCAGCGGAAGAACGACAUGGACGAGCCCCCUCCCCUGGACUACGGCUCCGGGGACGACGACCCCAAGAGCGAGAAGCGGGGGGCCGGGGGGGACCCCCUUUUUGGGGGCAUGGAGGAGCGCUUCUACCGCUACGGCAUCAAACCCGAGUGGAUGACGGUGCACCGCAUCAUCAACCACAGCGUGGACCGGAAGGGGCAGUACCACUACCUGGUGAAGUGGCGGGACCUGCCCUACGACCAGGCCACCUGGGAGGAGGACGAGAUGCCCAUCCCCGACUACGACCUGCACAAGCUGGCCUACUGGAAACACCGGGAGGUGUUCAUGGGGGAGGACCCGGCCCAGCCCCGCCGGUACAAGAAGAAGAAGAAGGAGACGCCGGGGGAGGGGCCCCCCGACUCGCCCACCAACGACCCCACGGUGAAGUACGAGACGCAGCCGCGCUUCAUCACGGCCACGGGCGGGACGCUGCACCUGUACCAGCUGGAGGGGCUCAACUGGCUGCGCUUCUCGUGGGCGCAGAGCACCGACACCAUCCUGGCCGACGAGAUGGGGCUGGGCAAGACCAUCCAGACCAUCGUCUUCCUCUACUCGCUCUACAAGGAGGGCCACACCAAGGGCCCGUUCCUCGUCAGCGCGCCGCUCUCCACCAUCAUCAACUGGGAGCGCGAGUUCCAGAUGUGGGCCCCGGCCUUCUACGUUGUCACCUACACCGGGGACAAGGACAGCCGGGCCAUCAUCCGCGAGAACGAGUUCUCCUUCGACGACAACGCCAUGAAGGGCGGCAAGAAGGCCUUCAAGAUGAAGUUUUUCCGGGUGCUCAACGGGUACAAGAUCGAGCACAAGCUGCUGCUGACGGGGACGCCGCUGCAGAACAACCUGGAGGAGCUCUUCCACCUGCUCAACUUCCUCACGCCCGAGCGCUUCAAGUGGGUCUGGGGUCUCGGCCACCCCCAGCUGGGUCUGGGGUCUCGGGCCCUGUCCCCAGGUGGGUCUGGGGUCUCGGCCACCCCCAGGUGGGUCUGGGGUCUCGGCCACCCCCAGCUGGGUGUGUCCCCGCAGUUUUUCCGGGUGCUCAACGGGUACAAGAUCGAGCACAAGCUGCUGCUGACGGGGACGCCGCUGCAGAACAACCUGGAGGAGCUCUUCCACCUGCUCAACUUCCUCACGCCCGAGCGCUUCAAUAACCUGGAGGGCUUCCUGGAGGAGUUUGCCGACAUCUCCAAGGAGGACCAGAUCAAGAAGCUCCACGACCUGCUGGGCCCCCACAUGCUGCGGCGCCUCAAGGCCGACGUCUUCAAGAACAUGCCGGCCAAGACGGAGCUGAUCGUGCGCGUGGAGCUCAGCCCCAUGCAGAAGAAGUACUACAAGUACAUCCUGACGAGGAACUUCGAGGCGCUGAACUCGCGGGGCGGGGGGAACCAGGUGUCGCUGCUCAACAUCAUGAUGGACCUCAAGAAGUGCUGCAACCACCCCUACCUGUUCCCCGUGGCGGCCAUGCCCCAGAACCACAGGGUGCUCAUCUUCUCCCAGAUGACGAAGAUGCUGGACCUGCUGGAGGAUUUCCUGGACUACGAGGGCUACAAGUACGAGCGCAUCGACGGCGGCAUCACCGGGGCCCUGCGGCAGGAGGCCAUCGACCGCUUCAACGGGACAGGGAUCUGUUUCCUGCUGUCGACGCGGGCCGGGGGCCUCGGCAUCAACCUGGCGACGGCCGACACCGUGGUCAUCUUCGACUCGGACUGGAACCCCCACAACGACAUCCAGGCCUUCAGCCGCGCUCACCGCAUCGGCCAGGCCAACAAGGUGAUGAUUUACCGCUUCGUGACGCGGGCCUCGGUGGAGGAGCGGAUCACGCAGGUGGCCAAGCGCAAGAUGAUGCUGACGCACCUGGUGGUGCGCCCGGGGCUGGGCUCCAAGGCCGGCUCCAUGUCCAAGCAGGAGCUCGACGACAUCCUCAAGUUCGGCACCGAGGAGCUCUUCAAGGACGAGAACGAGGGGGACAACAAGGAGGAGGACAGCAGCGUCAUCCACUACGACAACGAGGCCAUCGCGCGGCUGCUGGACCGCAACCAGGACGCCACCGACGACGCCGACGUGCAGAACAUGAACGAGUACCUGAGCUCCUUCAAGGUGGCCCAGUACGUCGUCAGGGAGGAGGACAAGAUCGAGGAGAUCGAGCGGGAGAUCAUCAAGCAGGAGGAGAACGUGGACCCCGACUACUGGGAGAAGCUGCUGCGGCACCACUACGAGCAGCAGCAGGAGGACCUGGCCCGCAACCUGGGCAAGGGCAAGCGCGUGCGCAAGCAGGUCAACUACAACGACGCCGCCCAGGAGGACCAAGACAACCAGUCCGAGUACUCGGUGGGCUCCGAGGAGGAGGACGAGGACUUUGACGAGCGGCCCGAGGGCCGGCGUCAGUCCAAGCGGCAGCUGCGGAACGAGAAGGACAAACCCCUCCCCCCACUGCUGGCCCGGGUGGGCGGCAACAUCGAGGUGCUGGGGUUCAACACGAGGCAGCGCAAGGCCUUCCUGAACGCCGUCAUGCGCUGGGGGAUGCCCCCCCAGGACGCCUUCACGUCCCAGUGGCUCGUGCGGGACCUGCGGGGCAAAACCGAGAAGGAGUUCAAGGACUUUGGGGACAGGAUCAUGGGGACAAUGGACCUUGAGGACAGAGACCCUGGGGUUGUGACCUAUGGGGACAAGGACCCCGGGGACAGGAUCUGUGGGGACAGUGACCCCGGGGCAGGGCGUGCAGUGCAGGAGUUCGAGCACAUCAACGGCCGCUGGUCCCUGCCCGAGCUGGCCCCCGAGCCCAGCGCCGACUCCAAGCGCUCGUCCCGCGCCUCCUCCCCCGCCAAGACCGGCCCCCCCAGCCCCGACACAGGGACAGCGAUGUCCUGAUGUCCCCUGUCCCCAGCCACGCCGGCACCCAGCGAGCGCGGGGACGGGCCAGGGCCACCCCCGGACAGGGACGAGGGUGACACCAGGGACGAGAAGGAACCCAAAGGCCCCGAGAAGAUGGAGACAGAUGUGAGUGACACAGCUGUCCCCAACCCUGUCCCCUCUGUGUCCUCUCUGUCCCCAGUCAUGUCCUGGCUGUCCCCAGCUGUGCCCUCACUGUCCCCAUCCCCGUUCCUGUCCCCAGGGGCGGAGGCCGAGAAGGCUCCGGGGCUGGACAAGGGGGACGAGAAGACCCCGGAGGAGGAGCCCAAGGAGCGCCCGGGGGACCCCGACCCCAAACGAGGUGCUGGGGGCGGGGCUGGGCAGAAGGGGUGUGGCCUGACAGAGUGGGCGGGGCUUAAAAUGGGUGUGUGCUAACCCAAACUGGGCGUG